GGAAAUGUGGACCAGUGACUCUCUGGAGACGAGGAUGCCUUUUCCUCUCGAGCUUCAACUGCGCGUCUCAAAUUGGGGCUCUUUCGAGGAGGGAGACUGGGGUUUUGUGGCUGCUCCAAGUUCUGUCUCUUGCUUCCUACGCUGCUGAUUAGGCGUAUUAGGCUUGUUCUUCCCUUGCUGAUUCCGUAUGUCGAUUGGUUGUCGUUGAUUGUGUUUUGCUUGAUGUUCUAGGAUUUUUUUUAAGCUGAAUAAUGGUGAAUAUAUUAGUCCUCUGUCUCUCUACUUAGCUAUGGAAAAGGGACUAAGAAGAAAUUUUCUAUCUGUGCCCAUGAAGUGUAGACGCUUUGUUCCUAUUCUUCAGAUACUAAUUUGGUUUUCACUCAAUUAUAUAUGUUAUGGUACUCUGACCGACAUUGAAUGCUUAAGAAGGUUCAGGGGUUCUGUAAACGACCCUCAACACAAUGUAUUUGAUUCGUGGAGUUUUGACAACACAACAGAUGGGUCUAUAUGCAAGUUUGCUGGUGUUGAGUGUUGGCAUCCUGAUGAAAGCAGAAUCCUCAAUCUUCAUCUUUCCUACAUGGGACUCCAAGGCCAGUUCCCAUUGGGACUUGAGAAUUGUACGAGCCUGACUGCGCUUGACCUAUCGGGCAAUAACUUUACUGGAUCUAUUCCUUCUGAUAUUGACAAAAGGGUACCUUUUGUCACUAGGCUUGAUCUUUCAUUCAAUAGUUUCUCAGGUGCAAUUCCUCUCAGCCUUUUUAAUUGCAGCUAUCUUAAUUCCCUCAAGCUCCAGCAUAAUCAAUUGAGUGGACUGAUUCCUUGGGAACUAGGCCGCCUCGAUAGGCUGACAGACUUUGAUGUUUCUAACAAUCAGUUAGCUGGUCCAAUCCCAUCAUUUGAACAUAAUAUUCCAGCAAUGAGCUUUUCAGGCAACCCUGGACUAUGCGGACGACCAUUGGAUGGAUGUGCAGGGAGUUCAAAGAAUUCCAAUCCUGGGGUAAUUAUAGGCUCAGCUGUGGCUGGUGUUGUUAUAACCGUCAUUAUUGUUGGGGUGGUUUUGUAUUUUUGCAUGCGGAGAAUGCCUAUCAAGAAAAAAGAAAAGGACCUAGAAGAAAACAAGUGGGCGAAGUCGAUAAAAGGAGUUAAAGGUGCCAAGGUGUCUAUGUUUGAGAAAUCUGUGUCGAAGAUGAAGUUGAGCGAUCUCAUGAAAGCAACAAAUGAUUUCAGCAAAGAUAAUAUGAUUGGUGCUGGUAGAACUGGGACUCUGUACAAGGCAACACUUCCAGAUGGCACUUUUCUUGCUAUCAAAAGAUUGCAGGACUCGCAGAAAUCUGAAAAGCAGUUUGUAUCAGAGAUGGCAACGCUUGGAAAUGUUCGGCAUCAAAACUUGGUUCCACUUUUGGGUUAUUGCAUUGCCAAAAAGGAAAAGCUCUUGGUUUACAAGUACAUGCCCUUGGGGACCCUCCAUGAUCAGCUGCAUGAUUCUGCUUCACAAGGGAAAAGUUUAGAAUGGCCAACAAGACUGAAAAUUAGUGUCGGUGCAGCAAAAGGAAUAGCUUGGCUUCACCACAGCUGCAACCCACGCAUUCUCCACCGAAACAUUAGUUCUAAAAGCAUACUCCUGGAUGAAGAUUACGAGCCCAAAAUCUCUGAUUUUGGACUUGCAAGGCUUAUGAAUCCGCUAGAUACACAUCUCAGCACUUUCGUGAACGGUGAGUUUGGCGACUUAGGUUAUGUAGCUCCCGAGUAUUCUCGUACGCUAGUUGCAACACUGAAGGGUGACGUCUACAGUUUCGGAGUAGUACUUCUUGAAUUGAUCACUGGUGAAAAAUCCACUCAAGUUUCCAAGGCUUCAGAAACCUUUAGAGGCAGCCUGGUGGAAUGGGUAACCUCUCUCACAAAUAACUCUCUUCUUCAGGAUGCGAUCGAUGAAUCUUUAAUUGGGGAGGACAACAACAGUGAGCUGUUUCAAUUCUUGAAAGUUGCUUGUUCUUGUGUUUUGCCUGGUCCCAAGGAGAGGCCUACCAUGUUCGAAGUAUGCCAACUCCUAAGAGCAAUCGGGGAGAAGUACCAUUUCUCAACAGGCGAUGAUAUUCUCUUUCCGGUCCCAAGCAACGAUGCUGAAACCCUCGAGGAACUUAUCGUGGCGAAGUAAUAUAUAAGUUUGGCAAUCUAUUUAAGCAUUUCUUAAGGCAGCAAAGCAACAUUUAUUUCGUGCCUUAAUGGAACUUAAAGUGGCCUUGUAGAUCAAGUUGUUUCAAAGGAACUUAAAAUAGUAUAUGUAAGUAAAAAAUAUGAUGAUAAUCUCUUCUUUUUUUAAAAAAAAUAUUUUUCUCUGGAUUUCUACUA